AUGUCAAUCAAAGGGACCUUGUGCUGCGCUGCCCUGCUCUACAAUUCAAAAGCUUGUGCUGUAGCCAGCACUUUUCUGCCGGUUGACCUACCUGGUUUCCCGGGGGAUUGGUUUGCACUUCUUUCCCGUCACUGGCACUGGCUUCAGCAUCGCGAAAUGGCUCCCGAUCCGAACAAGGCCGCCCAUUAUAUCAAGGCACUCGACGAUGCUCGCUGCGAGGGCAAUUGGAGUGCCGUCCCCGAGUUCGUCCGCAAAAUCAGGAAACAUGCGCCUGACCGAGCCUGUCUGACCUUGGCCGCCGAAACGGAAUGCUCUGUUGCCAAAGCCACCGACCCCUCCGGUGCCGGACGACCUUCGACAUCUGUAUCCGCCAAGGAUCUCGACGCCGCGAACGUGCAGGCAAAGCUUCAGGACGCAAUAGACGGGGAAAUAACCCACCCAGAAGACAGGUUCCAAGCUCAGGUUUGCGCGGGAUUGCUGCACUGGGUGGUUGGAGAGGUCGAUCAGGCAGCGGCCAAGUUGCCGCAGGACAUCGAACAAGAGCUUGCACUGCUUGGGACCACCAACAAGGUGUCGGAAUGGACCAACAUCAGCGCUUUAAAAGCUGCCGCUAUUAAGGCGAACUGCCUUACCCGCAAUAAAAAGACGGCUGAGGCCCUCGCCGUCUUCGAUUCUGCACUGCCAUCCGUAUCCAUGGCUUCAAAUCCCCAAAACGCUCACAAGCAGUUCAAAGUCUGGUCUGAACUGUUUCUGACCGAGUACUGUGUGCUUCACAGCGAGGCGCUCCGUUCAAAUGAGAGGUCGCUUGCGGAUUCUGACUCGCUCGCCUGUUUCCGCUCUUGGGCUAGGUACUGGGAGUCAAUGACAGGGCCGGUAACGGGAGGAUAUGGAUACAGGGGUUCGGUCCCAAGACGACAAGUCUGGCUCGAGUACUACUUGGCGUUGACAACUAUACUUGAACUGGACAUCCCAUUCCCAACGGGAUUCCUUGGUAAAAUCACAGACGAGGCAUCCUCCGCGCGAAACCAUCUGAGGGUCGAGCUGAAGAAAACCGAGGCCAUAUACGAGGCACUGCUCAUCAGCGAGACCAGCUUCCCCCGAGCCGAUGAGACAAGAGAAGAAGUCGAGUCCUUCGUCAAGGCUGUAGUAAGGAAUUGGUCCAUUCUCUGUGGUCGCGGUUGGGCUGAGAAGGACCUUGGCCAAGGGGGUCGUGAGAGCCUCAGUAGAGGUGUUCUCGACACUUUGUAUGCCGCAGCGACAAAGACAUAUCACUCCACCGCGAUUCUCCGAUGUCUUUUCACCUUACACUUGGCCGUGGCGGAGUUCGACCUAGCCUUCAAGGCCUUCGACUCGUACCUCGAUCUAGUCAGGCACGGCAAGGCCAGGGUGGACAAAACUGGCCACUUGGAGCCCAACCUCGAUGAUGACGGGACUGUUCUUGAAACCAUGUCACAGUGCAUUCUUGCGCUAUGUCGCUAUGGUGGAAGAGAAGCGGUCGAGAAAGCCCGUGUUAUUGGCAAUGAGCUAGAGGACUGGUUGUCGAGGCUUCCGCAGCUGAGAAAUGGCAUUGAAAGCGAGAACACUGUCCCCGAAGAGGACGAGGCGACUACCCUUCAUCCCAAGAUCCGGCCUCAUCUGAUUGCGUUGUCUUGGCAAGCGAUUGGCCUUUCCCAAGCUCAGUGGUCGAGAACCACAUAUGACGCAGCAUCUCGGAUUGAGAUUCAGACAAAGGCGAUCAGAUGCCUGAGAAAAUCCUUGUCUCCAGAACUGGGUCGCACUAGGGAUGUCCGCAGUCUCUUCGCUCUCGGCCUGCUACUCGCCGAGCGUCGAGAUUUGACUCCGGCGAUUGACAUUGUCAAGACAGCACUCAUUUCCAACAAGUCUGCCGACAAUGAGCAAGAUCUAUACCACGGCGCGUACUGGCAGGAGCGUUCCCUGAUUCCCCUGUGGCAUCUCUUAGCGCUGUUGUUGAGCGCGAGACAGGAUUACAGCAUGGCGGGAAAGGCUUGCGAUGGUGCUUUCGAGCAGUUUGGUGAUCCCUCAAUUCUGUUCGGAAGACAGGAUAUCCACUUCAAGAGCGAGCAUCUUAACGAGGCCGGAGCUCAGGACGAAAAAAUCGCUAACGAACGCAAGGGCGUGGUGGAUGACAUGGAUGAUACCGAAAAGGAAAGUAUUCUCGAGGCCAAGAUGACGCAGAUCGCCAUCAUUGAGCUGCUUGAAGGGCCAGAUAUCGCCGUUAAUGCCUGCCCUGAGCUGCUGUCCCUCUUCACAAGGUUGUUCGGAAACCUCGAGGCCAAGCCAAGUAUGCAACCGCCCAAGGCUGUUGACACGAUGACGGUGCCGAAGAGCUCAGCUGGCACAUUGAGGAGUAUAAAGGGUAGCUUCUUCGGCUCUACACGAACGCGGCAACCCAGCAUAGCUGAAACCGAGAAAACAGUCACGCCCUCCCGCCCACAAACCGCGCAGACACAAGCCAGCGUUGCAGCCCCGACAAUACAAGUCACACAAGAGAAUGGAUCACCGACAGAGAAACGAGCGCGGCGACUUUCCAGUCUAACGCGCCGAUCGAGAAGCGAAUCGGGUAAAAGACACAGCUUGCGCAAGCGGGACAGCAGCGGUGGCCCCAAGAGGACAGCAAGUGUCAGUAGCGCAGGCACCAAUCCACACGGGCCGACGGUUAUUGACGGAGAGGUGUUCUUCACUCCGGCCGAUGAGCUGCAGCAGUCCGAGUUCUUCCCUCUUACGGGCAACCGUCAGGCUUCAACUGCGUCUUCUGUUUCUCGGGGCCGCUCACUUCAUCACCUGGAGUCUUAUGCCUCCCAGAAAUCAAGAUCAACAAAUUUCUCCGAAAUCUCUGCCAGUGGCACCUACACUAUAUCAAACCCCUUGCCACUGAUCCACUUUCCUCACGACAUGGAACGAAGACAAAGAGCUGUACUGCUGGUUAAAGUUUGGUUGAUGAUUGCGGGAUUCUACCGUCGAGCCAACAUGUUUGAAGAUAGCAAGGGAGCCAUUUCGGAAGCGCAGAAGCUUGUAGGAAUACUCGAAGCUGAAGUGGCCAAGGAUCCUACAGGCUCUCUGUCUAUGAGGGGCAAUAGCUGGGCGGAGAAGAAGGGUGUCGACGAGCUGCUCGGAGACGUGUGGGCCGAGCUCGGCUAUCUUUCUUUAGCCAAGGGCUCACCUUACUUGGCUCGGUCAGACUUCGAGAUGGCCCUCACUCAUUAUCCCGACCACCCAGCAGCCAUUGUCGGCCUAUCCGACAUCCUGCUCGACAUCUACAGUGAGAAAGUCUUGCCGCCACCGGCCGUCCCGACGCUGAGCGUGCCGGAGAACAUCUCCAGCCUCUCCCUCCCGCCACCGAAUCUUCCCAAGAUCGCCGUCCCCCAACACGGUCUCCCGUCAGAACCGCUGGGUCUGGGCUCCAACGCGUCCAGCUCGGGCUCCGCCAGCAGGACAAGCACCCAUCAGUCCGCAACGACGGCGUCGUCGGUGAAAUCGGUGGAGAGGGCCGACUCGGAUGACAAGCUGCCCGCGCCGUACAAGGCGACCUCGGUGCCGACCAUCGACCGCCUCGCCGCCCGCGACCGCGCUUACGGCCUCUUGUCUUCCCUCACAAAGCUUGGCAGUGCUUGGAACAACGCGGAGGCCUGGUUCGCGCUGGCCCGGGCGCACGAGGAGAGCGGGCAGGUUGACAAGGCGAAGGAGGUACUUUGGUGGUGCGUCGAGCUGGAGGAGAGCACUGGCGUGCGCGAGUGGCAGUGUCUCGGGAGCGGGGGUUACGUGCUCUAA